AUGAUUGUUACAGACAAGAAAGUUCAAAUCUACAAAGCCCUUAAUAAAGGUAACAGUUCAGGAGUUUACAUGCAGUUUGCCGACGAUUAUUUUUCUAUUCCACCGUCUUACGUUUUGGACCAACACACUACGUUUUUAAUAAACCUUAGCUGUCCAAAUGUCUCUUAUUAUUUAGAAAAGAGCGAAAAGGCUAAUUAUUUCCGAGCUCCUUACCGAUGGAUAAUUUUCAACAGCAGUGAAAUUAAAUAUGAAAAUGAUACCACUAAUUUCAUACCUGCAGCUUUAUCUAAAAUAAAUAUAUUUCCUGAUUCUGAAGUAAUUUAUAUGCAUCAAGCGCAAAAAGGCGUUUUUGAGUUUCAUCUGAUUUACAAAAUUUGCUACAACCGAGCAUGGCAAACUGAACCUUACGGCGUUUAUAAUAUGGCAGGAAAUAUCAAAAAGUUUGAUAAAGUAGCUGAAUCAACAGCAAUACGCAGACUUAAUUUAGAUGGAUAUGAAAUUAAAAUUUGUUACGUUCUUACCAACAAAAAUAGUAUAAAUCAUCUCACUGAUGGAAUCGAUGACCACAUCGACACAAUUACAAAAGUAAACUUCCCUACAACUAAUCAACUGCUUGAUUAUCUUAACGCUCGAAGAAAGUUUAUUUUCGCUGAUACAUGGGGCUAUCAGCAUAAUAACACUUGGAAUGGAAUGACUGGGUAUCUGAUUAGAGGCGAAGUUGAGAUUGGAGGUUCCUUAGGUCGGAUUGUAAUGCUGGUUCUGUUCCUGACGGUCAUGUUUCUCUACACCUCGUACGCUGCCAACAUUGUAGCACUUCUGCAGUCCAGUUCUUCGCAAAUAAAAACGCUCGAGGACUUGCUUCAUACAAGAAUCAAAUUUGGAGUUCAUGAUACCGUUUACAACAGAUAUUAUUUCUCGACGGCGACAGAACCAACAAGAAAAGCUAUUUACGACACAAAAAUAGCGCCACCGGGUGUGAAACCUCGAUUCAUGUCGAUUGAGGAAGGCGUUAAGAAAAUGAGACAGGGUUUAUUUGCAUUUCAUAUGGAAACUGGUGUUGGAUACAAGUUCGUGGGAAAAUAUUUUGAGGAAGGUGAAAAAUGCGGACUCCAAGAAAUACAAUAUCUUCAAGUAAUCGAUCCUUGGUUAGCUGUUCGUAAAAACACUCCAUUUAUGGAAAUGUUUAAAAUCGGAACAAAACGUAUUCACGAGCAUGGUCUACAAAAUAGACAAAAUCGUCUUCUAUACGAACAUAAACCUAGAUGCUCAGGAAGAGAAGCAAAUUUUGUUUCAGUAAGCAUGGUCGACUGCUAUCCAGCACUUUUGGCGCUUUCUUAUGGAACUGUAAUUGCAAUGGUCGUGCUAAUGAUGGAGUUUCUAUACAAUAAAUGGAAAAAGUAA